ACUGAAGUAAAUUCAUUGCUAGAUUUGAAACCAUUUGAAAAUUUAAAAGAAUUCAGAGAACUUCCAGUAUGGAAUUGUCAUAUUCUGUAACAGUAUAUGGCGUUCUAGCAUUUGUUAUUCUAUAUAUUAUAUACGCUUCUAAAAAGUGGACUCAAACCCUGGGCAAAAAAAAUCCCCCAGGACCUUUCUGUUUGCCAGUGAUUGGAAAUCUGCACAUGAUAGAUCUUAAGAGACCUAGCCGUGAUUUUAUUAAGCUGUCAAAAAAAUAUGGUACGGUGUUCCGUGUUCAGAUGGGAUACCAAAAAAUAGUGGUAUUGUGUGGAUAUGAAACAGUGACAAGUGCUCUUGUGGACCAUGCAGAUGAUUUUGCAGAAAGGGCAUUUGUCCCUAUAUUUGAAGAUGUCAACCAAGGAUAUGGUGUUCCUUUUUCACAUGCUGACAACUGGAAAACUAUGAGAAGGUUUACCCUUUCAACGUUACGGGAUUUUGGAAUGGGCAAGAAAACCAUAGAGGAUAAAAUAAUAGAAGAAUGUGGAUUUCUGAUAAGACAACUUGAAUCACUAAAAGGUGAUCCAAUUGACUUAACAACACACACUAGUGUUGCAAUAGGAAAUAUGAUUGCAUCUAUUGUGCUUGGACAUCGCUUUGAUUACAAACAUCCCACAUUGCUUAGAAUAAUGAGUCUUGUAAAUGAAAAUAUGAGACUUAUGGGCAGUCCUUCAGUGUUGCUAUACAACAUGUUUCCAAUAUUACGUUACCUUCCUGGUAAUCACAAGAAAGUCAAACAAAAUUUUGCUGAGUUGCAUGUUUUUCUGCGGGAAACAUUUGCAGCACAUCUUAAAGAAUUAGACAGAGAUGACCAAAGAAGUUUUAUUGAUGCCUUCCUUGUCAAACAGCAAGAGGAAAAUGAUGAUCCAAAUUCUUAUUUCCAUGAACUGAACCUAUUAAGUGUAGUGAUAACCCUGUUCACUGCUGGAACUGAGACCACAGCUUCUACUAUUCGAUGGGCUAUUUUUUUUAUGAUUCAGAACCCUGACAUCCAGAAGCGUGUUCAUGAGGAAAUAGACCGUGUCAUUGGCUCAUCUCGACCUUGUUUUGAGCAUCGUAAACAUAUGCACUAUACUAAUGCAGUCAUUCAAGAAACACAGAGAUUGGCUAAUAUUGUUCCACUUAAUCUUCCUCGGGAAACUACAAGGGACAUUGUCUUUAAAGGUUAUUAUUUACCAAAGGGGACUUACAUUGUACCUUUGCUUGAGUCUGUUUUGUAUGACAAAACUCAGUUUGAGAGACCAGAGGUUUUUUAUCCUGAACAUUUUCUGAACUCUUCUGGGAAACUGAUCAAGAAAGCAGCUUUCUUACCUUUCUCAGCAGGACGUAGAGUUUGUGUUGGUGAAACUCUUGCAGUGAUGGAAUUGUUCCUGUUUUUUACCAGCCUUAUGCAAAAAUUUUCUUUUCAAACUGCCCCAGGUGAAACUAAUUUUGAAGUAAAACCUUCGGUGGGAUUUACCAUUCCGCCAGUUUCUCAAAAAGUCUGUAUCUUGUCACGUUCUUAAUUAAACAGAUAGAAAUCUUCACCCAUAUUAAAGCAAUCACUCUAUCUAGCAAAUAGAAAAAAAUAAUGACAUAUUGUAUUCAAUAUUUUAAUUAAAGCAAGCUUUCAAAUAUA